AUCUGUUGUUCUUAACUGCCCUCUGUGACAUCUUCGAUGACCUAAAUGGCCGAGCGCGCGUAGGUUCUCUUUCUCAUGGUCUUUGACCACAGUCCAUUUCGCGAUCAGCAUCAGUCCGUCAGCACAUGCAGAUGCAUUGUUUACAGUCCGGAGGCGAUGCCGAGUCCAUGAACGAGAGGCACGAAGCACUCUUCAAUGACAAUCAAAAGUCGAACUCUAAGCCAGAUGGAGCAGGACAAGGCGGGCCCGUCGAAGGAUCUACAGAUCAUUGAUAGUAUCCAACAAAAGCACAUUUUCAGUCUGUCAGUUUCCUUCAACGCCGUGGACAUCUGCGCCGGAAAAUCUCUGAAAGUCUUCGCCGCAUUGCAAAAGAAGGACAGGAAUGUUAUAUGCAGUUUGAUUAAUUCAGGACCCGUCACGGAUACUCGAGUAUUGCAUCGCGCCAUCAGUCUCGAGCAUAUGCAGAGAAGUUGCCCCGCAAUCCGGGAUCGACACCGGCUCAUUCAUCCCCGAAUUCCGAGACCGGCGACUUGAAUUACUCCAGGAGAACAGGCCAGGCCUUAUCUGUACCUGAAUGCCGAGCUGCCGUUGACCAAGAGAUCUCACACAAGUAUUAUGAUAAUUUGUGCAUUGUGCAACCGACAGAGUGCUUGAAACCA